CUGGAAAGAUAAAAACUUGCGUCGGUUCGCGGAUUCUUUUUUCUUCUUGAUUUUAUAAUUCGAGUAGAUGGUUUAGUAACCGGGUACCAGGUCUGUCAGUCGCACGUUUUUUACCUCGUGAGUAUCUUGGAGUUGCUUGGAGUGUCUACCCCCAACCCCCAAAAAUGGCUGUCUUGCGCGGAGUUCUUGCAGCUUUCCUUGUUCUCUGUGUCCAAAGGACCUCAGCAUUUUACUAUGGACAAUUCCCAGAUAAUUUUGCCUGGGGUGUUUCCACUUCGGCGUACCAGACGGAGGGGUCUUGGAACGAAGGAGGACGCGGGCCAAGUAUCUGGGACACGUUUUCCAAAUCCCCUGGAAAAAUUGUGGACGGAUCAAACGGAGACCAAGCUAGCGAUUCAUACAAAAAAUACCGAGAAGACGUUCAGCUGCUUAAACAACUAGGGGUGAAGUACUACCGAUUUUCAAUAUCAUGGAGCCGAGUCUUGUCCAAUGGAACUCUGGCAUCAAGAAACGAAGAGGGUAUUCAGUUCUACAAGAACUUGGUACGGGAGUUGAAAAACAACAACAUCGAGCCAGUUGUUACCCUCUAUCACUGGGACCUGCCUCAAAAACUUCAAGAUAUGGGUGGAUGGGAUAGCAGCUCCAUUGUUACUUAUUUUGCGCAGUACUCCGAAUUAAUGUUUAAAGAACUUGGACCUCAGGUGAAGAUGUGGAUAACAAUAAACGAACCUUAUGACGUAGCUUGGUACGGUUAUGGAACCGGAAGUCAAGCUCCGGGAAUAAAAGAACCCGGAACCAAACCCUAUGCAGUGGGUCGAAAUUUGAUUCUUGCUCACGUAAGGGUCUAUAAGCUGUACAAGGAGUCAUAUGCUCCAUCUCAGGGAGGUAAAAUAGGAAUAGCGCUAAACUCGGACUGGAAAUUACCAAAGACAAACUCACAGGAAGAUAGACAGGCAGCAGAUCGCGCGAAACAGUUCAUGCUUGGUUGGUUUGCUAGCCCAAUUUUUGGAAAUGGAGAUUAUCCAGAAGUGAUGAAAACCAGAGCAGGAAGUCGACUUCCAAGUUUUUCACCUCAAGAGAUAAUUGAUAACAGAGGAUCAUCCGAUUUCUUUGGAAUAAACCAUUAUACAACGAAACUCGUUGAAAACAGCCAUUCAAUGGACUCUGGUGAGAGUUAUUCCAAGGACCUUGGUGUUAAGGAGUCAUUCGAUCCAACAUGGGACGGACCAAGUGAGAAAAAGAUCUACCCAGAAGGAAUGAGAGAACUUUUGAAGUAUAUCAAAUCUACGUAUGGAAAUCCUGUUGUCUACGUCACAGAAAACGGGGUAGGUGACUGUGGAACUAUUGUGGACGAAACAAGGGUGAAUUAUCUCAAAAACUACAUCGACCAGGUUCUUCAAGCCUUGAAGUUGGAUCAUGUGGAUGUAAGGGGAUAUUUUGUUUGGUCUCUAAUCGACAACUUUGAGUGGAGCGCAGGCUAUACAAAGAAAUAUGGUAUCUACAAAGUGGACUUCGAAAGAGGCGGUCGCGAUAGAACACCGAAAGCGUCAGCUAACUUCUACAGAGACGUCAUCACCCAUAAUGGAUUCCCAACAACAUGGAAGACAUUUGACGCGACCAAUUACAUCAAGCAAGAUUUGGAGGACCGCGAUGACUUUAUCAAAGGCCAGUUUCCACAUGGUUUCGCGUGGGGUGUUGCCACUUCGGCUUAUCAAAUAGAGGGUGGAUGGAACGCUGAUGGGAAAGGGCCUAGUAUCUGGGACGUAAGAUCACAUAAAGGAUGGAAUUACAACCGACAGACUGGAGACGUUGCCUGUGACAGUUACCAUAAAUAUAAAGAGGAUGUCCAAAUGCUUGUCCGUUUAGGAGUCUCUCAUUAUCGAUUUUCUAUUGCUUGGAGUCGAGUGAUGGCGGAUGGAACACUUCAUACCAUUAACAGCAAGGGCAUCGAAUAUUACAAUAAUCUUAUCAAUGAGCUGCUAGCCAACAACAUUCAGCCUAUGGUUACCUUAUAUCACUGGGACCUACCACAAGCGCUGCAAGACAUUGGAGGAUGGCAGAACGACAAAAUUAUUGAGUACUUCAACGACUAUGCCAGACUUUGCUUUUCUUCUUUUGGUGAUCGGGUUAAACUUUGGAUUACAUUCAAUGAAGCUUUCGUUGUGGCUUGGUUGGGUUAUGGGAUUGGAGUUUUUGCCCCUGGAGUAAGCAGUGCCGAUACGGGAGCAUAUGAAGUAGCCCACAACAUCAUAAGAUCCCAUACCCGAGCAUAUCGCACCUAUGAAACGUCAUUCAAGACCCUCCAGCAAGGUCAAGUUGGGAUCACUCUGGAUUGUGAUUGGAAGGAACCACAGACAUACAGCACCACCAGUCGCUAUGCUGCCGAGAGGGCGCUACAGUUCAAACUCGGGUGGUUCGCCAAUCCUAUAUUCGGAAACGGAGAUUACCCAUCGGUUAUGAAAAGGAAAGUAGCUGAUAAGAGUAGAAGACAAGGGUAUCCUAAAUCUAGACUGCCAGAAUUUACCCCAGAGGAGAUUCAACAGAAUAGAGGUGCUUUUGAUUUCCUUGGACUCAAUCAUUACACGACCAAUCUUGUACGCGAAGAAAUACGUGAUAUUAACUGGCAUAGCUAUGAGAGCGAUCAGGACAUAGACACAUCCGAAGAUCCGUGCUGGAAUACUACUGAAUCUGGUUGGUUGCGUGUAAAUCCAUGGGGAAUUCGAAGACUGUUAAAGUGGAUCAAAGAUCGCUAUGGCAACCCUCCUGUUUACGUCACCGAAAAUGGCGUCUCUGACAAAGGCGAGAUGAUGGACUACUCUAGGGCUAGAUAUUAUACUCUUUACAUAAACGAAGUACUCAAAGCCGUUAGACGAGACGGAUGUGACGUCAGAGGCUACAUGGCCUGGGCUUUGAUGGACAAUAUGGAAUGGACCAGCGGCUACUCGCAGAAGUUUGGACUUUAUUAUGUAGAUUUUAAUGAUCCUAAGCGUCCACGCACUGCCAAACAUUCAGCUUCAGUGUACAGCAAAAUAGUCGCGGAUAACGGUUUUGGAUAUGUAUGAAGUCUGCAACUUUGUAUUCAGCAUACUAGUUUCACUUAUGUUUAGUAAUUAGACUUGUCUUACUUCUUACUUACUUCUUAGAAUUCUUUAAUUUCUUUAUGAAAAAUUGAAGUAUUAUAAUAGUUUUAUAAGUAAACACAAAAAAUUUA